UUAGCUUCGUUCUCGAAGUCGGAUGAACGUGGUUCUGUCACAUUUUGUUAUUUCUUGAUUGGGACCCAAGCUGUUUGUGUCACAGAUUUUGAGAAAAUGGGUGAUGUAGAUGCAGAAGUUUUUAAUACAACUGCCAUUGGACUAUGCAUCGGAAUCGCCGGCGGUGCUGCUCUGACGCUGGGCAGUAUAGGGUUAAUCAAGUAUUACCGGCGAACAUCGAGAAAGCCGAAGAGUUUGAAGCUAUAUCAUAGCUUUCCUUUCCGAUCAGUGCGAUGUGCAUGGCUCGUUGCAGAACUUGGAGUGGAAGAUGAAGUUGAAAUCAUAGAGUUCAACAUUCAUGAAGACAAUCCAGUUGAAAUGGAAAAGUACAAGAGGGAAGUGCAUCCUCACGGAACCUUGCCAGCAUUGGUCGUUGAUGAUAACCAUACCAUAUUAGAGUCUGCUGCUAUCUGCAUGUAUCUUGCCGAUCUGUAUGGUCAACUUGUACCGAACAGAUAUGCACGUAGAGAGUACUAUAAUUGGAUUGUGUAUGCAUCAUGUACUAUGGACAGUGUGCUUGACCCGCUGUAUAUGCAACUCACACACACUCCCGAAGAUAAAAUAGACCAGUCACUGAUCGACAAACUGUUGAAGAAGUACCAUGUGAUUGCAGCUUAUUUAAAUAAUGCAUUGACAGACAGGGAAUGGAUAUGUGGAGAGAGAUUUACAGCGGCAGAUUGCGUGAUCGGGUAUAACGUAUGGUGGGCUGCCGUGAUCAAAAAAGGAGAAUUACUGAAGGACUACCCAGCCCUUUCAGCAUACAAUGAGAGGAUCAAAAACCGAGCUGCUUUUAAAAAGUGUUUACCGCAAAAACCUCCAUCGAUGGAAUGAGGAAUGACAUCAUGUAAUCAUUGUUUCUUGUGCAGAGGUGGGAAUAAACAAAAGAAUUUAUUCAUUGGUGCAUUGGUGGCGCAGCUGUUAUAGAUCUACCAUCUAUGUAUUCACAAGUAUAGCAAUACUUGCUAAACAUGGACUGUACGGUUUAUUGUUAUCCAAGGUGAAUAUCAUUUAUUUCUACAUUCAUUGAAACAUACAUACAUAAAUUGCAACUUAGUGACUGUUCAGUCAUCAUUAUCAAAUUUUAGUUGAACAUACUCUCAAGGCAAUUUGAAUUACUGUAAAAUACUUUAUUUUCGUUUGGAAUUAAUUUCCGCUAUUUUCGCUAAAGGAAUGAUUCAUUGAAAAUAAAAUCUAGCAAAUGUACAUUUUUCCCUAUAUUUUACAUUCGAUAAGUCAAAAAUCAGUGAAAAUCAAUUCCAUACAAAACACCCAAAAAAUCUUUUCAGCGAAAAUUAAUUACAUCUAAAAUAAAGUAUUUUACAGUACCGGUUUAGGAGUUUUGAAUAUUUACUCAAAUUUAUCUUUUUUUUUUCUCUCGUUCCAUUUGUGAAACCCAGAUAUAAUAAUAGAUUUCUGGUUUGCAAAAGCAAUUAGAGAAAUAUUCAUGAAAUUAAUUAAUGUACACUAGUAGACAAUUACAUGUCAUUUUAUGGUGUGCAUAUGUUGCAUCAUAUCUGUUAAGAAUUCCUGUAUACGCAGUAAAUAAAGUCCUGUGAUUUAAAAACU